UCUACUGCCUCUCCAGAGCGGCUGCAGUUCCCUGCUCCUCCACUCUCUCUCCCUCCAUCUCUCUAAGUGCUGGCGGAAUACCGAGCUCAGACAAAGAAAGCUCAGGAGAACAGACGAGAGAAGUGAAAGAGUGUGCUUUGAGGGACAGAAAAAGCAUUUUAAAGAGAAACAGAGAAAGACGGGUGCAGACUUUCAGACCUACGGUGUGUGAGGAGACAGAGGGAGGGAGAGAGAAAGACAGUGUCGCCAUUUCAAGAGGAAGACGUUCUAAUGCGUUCAUGAAGACAUCACUUUUGCAUUCCAACACACAGAGCUGCAGAGUAGCUGUCUGACAAAAAAAUGAGUUUUGAGGAACAGUUUUGAGGGACACACAGCGGACAAUUCUGCCUAAUCGCACCACACAGGAGGCGCUCCUCAGAAAACACAUCUGUCCCACCAUCAACCAGUAAAUCUCAGAUGGAGGUGGAUGCGGCCGAGAAGCGUCAUCGAACACGAUCUAAAGGUGUGCGAGGUACAGCGCACUCACAUGUUGCCGUGGAGGCUGCACAAGAGCUGUUCAGCUGUCCCACACCUGGGUGUGAUGGUAGUGGACAUGUCAGCGGCAAAUAUGCCAGACACAGGAGUGUGUAUGGAUGCCCCUUGGCUAAGAAAAGGAAAACCCAAGAGAAACCUCUGCAGGAGCCAGCUUCCAAACGCCGUCCGUUUCUAACUAUGGCUGAUGGAGAGCCCGCCAUGUAUGAAAGCUAUGAGCCAGAGGCCAUGGAGGAGGGAGAAGAGAGGGAACAGGAAGUAGAGGAAGUGGAAGAAGAGGAGGAGGAAGGGGAUGAGGACGGGGAUGAUGAAGAAGAAGAGUGCUCGGAUGACAAUGACGAACCAGGAGAGGAAGAAGAGGACGAGGAAGAUGGAGAGGUGGAGAGAGGGGAGGCAGAGGAGAUAGAGCAAAUGGAGGAAGAGGUAGAAGAGGAUGAGGAAGUGGUGGAGGAGGAUGGGGAUGAUGAAGAGCAGGAAGACGACGAAGAUGAGGACGAUGAAGAUGAGCACGAGGAAGAGGAAUACUAUGAAAAUCAGAGUCAUCAGCAAGACGACAAUUAUUCCUGUGGUGGACAAUCAAAAUCCAAUCAAAUACUUGAGAAGGACAAUAACAAUAACAACAGCAUGAACAAUGAGUAUGAGAAUUAUGACGAGCUGGUGGCCAAGUCCCUCCUCAACCUGGGUAAAAUCGCAGAGGAUGCCGCCUACCAGGCCAUGACUGAGUCAGAGAUGAACAGCAAUUCCUCCAACAGUGCAGGCGAGGAUGACGAUGAGGACGAGGAUGAUGGGAGCGAACAAGGAGGCCAUAAGGGAGAGUUGAGUGUCGACUUGGAUAGCGAUGUGGUACGUGAGACCGUGGACUCCUUGAAGCUUCUGGCCCAGGGACAUGGGGCCGUGCUUCCCGACGAGGGAUACGCGGACGGCGGGUCUGGGGACACUUGCCCAGCUGGCCACGCUAACGGACGGGGCCACCCGGAAGAGAGCGAGGAGGAAGUGUGUCUCAGUAGCCUGGAGUGUCUACGAAACCAGUGCUUCGACUUGGCUCGUAAACUUAGCGAGACCCAAACGUCCGAGCGGCCCAUGAUGGAGCACCAAGGUCACCAGGCCAUGCUGCACCAUGUUGAGCAGCAGCAUCUGCAUCCACAUCAGCCUCCAAUGCAUCACAUGCCCAGGUAUGACAGUUGCCAGAUGGACCAGCACAGACCCCUUGAGAGGAACUACUCAGACAUGGUCAAUCUGAUGAAACUGGAGGAGCAGCUCAGCCCCGCUUCAAGAGGCUACCCAUCUAGCUGCGCUCAGGAAGGGGAUGAGGACACUACAUCAGUGGCUUCCGAACGCUCAGAUGAAGCUUUCGACAUGACUAAAGGCAACCUGUCCCUGCUGGAAAAGGCCAUUGCUCUGGAAUCCGAGCGUGCCAAGGUUAUGCGAGACAGAAUGGCAUCAGAACAGAUGGUGGCUCGGAGGGACAAUCAGCGCCUUCAUGGAGAGCACAGCCCAAGGCAGAGCAGCAGUGCAGAAGAACGCAAGGCCCGACUCCAUCACGAUGGCGCAAAAAGAGCAUAUUACCCUAAAGACUCAAGGGGAGAGAAAAAAGAAAGCAAGUGUCCGACCCCGGGUUGUGAUGGCACGGGCCAUGUCACGGGGCUGUAUCCACACCAUCGAAGCUUGUCCGGCUGCCCCCACAAAGACCGCGUGCCACCAGAAAUUCUUGCUAUGUAUGAGAAUGUUCUAAAGUGCCCCACGCCUGGCUGCUCGGGACGCGGCCAUGUAAAUAGCAACAGGAACUCCCACCGCAGUCUCUCGGGAUGCCCCAUAGCCGCCGCUGAGAAGAUGGCAAAGGUUCAGGAGAAACAUCUCCCCUGCGAGAGCUCCAAGUCCAACCAGGCAUCAGACCGAGUCUUGAGGCCCAUGUGCUUCGUGAAACAGCUGGAGAUCCCACAGUAUGGGUACAAAAAUAACGUCCCAACCAGCACUCCACGAUCCAACCUGGCCAAGGAGCUGGAGAAGUACUCCAAGGCCAGCUUCGACUACAGCAGCAGUUAUGACAACCAACCUCAUGCAUACGGCAAGAGGUCCCUCACCCCAAAGAGCCAUGGGCGGGACACCUCCCCCAAAGGAUAUGAUGCCAAGCGCUACUGUAAGACCUCCAGCCCGGCCAGCAGCACCACGAGCAGCUACGCUCCCAGCAGCAGCAGCAGUCUGAGCUGUGGAGGAGGGGGAGGAGGAGGAGGAGGAGGGGGAGGAGGAGGAAGCAGCGCCAGCAGCACCUGCAGCAAGAGCAGCUUCGACUACACACACGACAUGGAAGCCGCCCACAUGGCUGCCACCGCCAUCCUCAACCUGUCCACGCGCUGCAGAGAGAUGCCCCAGAGCCUCACUGGGAAAGGCCCGGAGCUCCUGGCACAGAGCCCUGAUGACAGAGAUGGGGAUGAAAACGGAACCCUGGAUCUGAGCCGGGCUGGAGGGAUGGGGGAGGGCAGUGGGGGUACAGUGCUGACCCCCCUGCAGCCCAUGUCGCCCCAGCGGCAGGCCUUGCUCAACAGCCACUGCUACCAGAUGAGCACAGCAGAGUGCUGGGACCUGCCUGUGGACUACACCAAGAUCAAACGCCUGGACGAGGACCACAAGGAGGAUGACCUGGACCCCUUUCAGGAUCUAUUAGAAGAGCAGCAGUAUUCAGGAGACGUGUCCCUCCCCAGCCCCAAACACAAAUUUGCUCCCUGCAAGGAGAGCAAGAAGGAGCUCCUCACGCUAUCAAGCUGCCAACUGGCUGACAAGGGCAUGCGUGGUAUCAUGACAUCUAACUCCCAGGAUCUGAAGUGUCCUACUCCUGGCUGUGAUGGCUCUGGGCAUAUCACAGGGAACUAUGCCUCACAUAGAAGUCUGUCAGGUUGUCCCCGGGCAAAGAAGAGUGGUAUUAAAAUAAUGCACAGUAAGGAGGACAAGGAUGACCAGGAGCCAAUCAGGUGUCCUGUGCCAGGCUGUGAUGGCCAGGGUCAUGUGACUGGGAAGUAUGCAUCCCACCGCAGUGCAUCCGGCUGCCCGCUGGCCGCCAAGCGUCAGAAAGACGGUUAUGUGAACGGAGCGCCUUUCUCCUGGAAGUCUGGCAAGACAGACGGCAUGACCUGCCCCACCCCAGGCUGCGAUGGCUCUGGCCACGUCAGUGGCAGCUUCCUCACCCACCGGAGUCUGUCUGGCUGUCCCCGUGCCACAUCUGCUAUGAAGAAAGCUAGGAUGACAGGGGUUGAAAUGCUCACAAUCAAGCAGAGAGCAAGUAAAGGCAUAGAAAAUGAUGAAGAGAUAAAACAACUGGAUGAGGAAAUCAAAGACCUGAACGAAUCAAACAAUCAAGUAGAGUCAGACAUGAUCAAAUUAAGAACUCAAAUCACCACCAUGGAGACUAACCUGAAGUCCAUCGAGGAGGAAAACAAGGUUAUAGAGCAGCAGAAUGACUCGCUGCUGCAUGAGCUCGCCAACCUCAGCCAGUCCCUCAUCAACAGUCUCGCUAACAUCCAGCUCCCUCAUAUGAAACCGGUGCCACUGAAAGAGGCCCCUGUUAAAAAUUACUGCUGUUUACAGAUGCCCCACAGAGAGCCGAUGAACGAGCAAAACUUUGACACUUAUGUGAGCACUUUGACAGAUAUGUAUACUCACCAGGACCAGUACCAGAGUCCGGAGAACAAGGCCCUUUUGGAGAACAUAAAGCAAGCGGUUCAAGGCAUCCAAGUGUAGCUUUGCGAUUGGCUAUUGGCCGAGUCACCGAGGGUCAUGUGAUAAGAGCGU